GCAUUUGUCUAAGUCCAAGUGUUUGUAACUUGUACCAAGUCCGUGAAUGUUACGAAAAGUAUUGGAGAGAUUUCGGCUCACGUGGAAGUCAUACCGACACCGGUUUCUGCCCUGGAUUGUACUUAACAUUUCUAAAAAUGAGAAAACACUUCGCCAAGUCAAAGGACGUUGUGAGGACAAGCUGGUCCCGGACGAGGAAGUGUCACGGAGCCUUGUGCAGCUCUUCCGAGUUCUCCACAGGGCGAAUCGUCGUGUGGAGCUCGGGAACUUCCACAGCCAGGUAGAAAGUGACAACGAGCGGUGUGGACACGAUGCCAUGUUCCAAUCACUUGGAUUCUGCAUCAAGCGGAAGCCCAGCACGCUUCCUUCUGCAGGAACUGGAGUGUUUGUCACCAGGGGAUUGGUACUCAAAGGAGCAACAGUUGCCAUGUAUCCUGGCACCAUCUACCAACCUUAUGAGCCUAUUCUCCUCCAAUCCAUCAGAAACCCAUUUGUCUUUAGGUGCAUUGACGCUGUCUUGGUUGAUGGAAAUGACAAGGGGAUCUCCAAGAUGGUGUACAAGUCAUGCAGUGGCAGAGACCGAAUGGGCCCUUUGGAGACAAGUGAUACCAGCUGGCUGACGGGCACUCCGCGGAACCCGCUGGCAGUGGGUCAGUAUGUGAACAACUGCUCCAACGAGAGGCCUGCCAACGUGUGCUACCAGGAGUACGACGUUCCUGACACGCUUCCCAUCGAGCUUCGCCGCUAUCUUCCCAACGUCAACUACAGCCCACACUCGCAAAGACCUCUCCGCUGCGUGGUCCUCAUAUCGCUCGUAGACAUUACAGCAGGAGAGGAGCUAUUUGCCAACUACUACACUAUUGUACACUAGUGUCAAGAUAUAGCACGGACCGAAAACGUAUC